UCUUUUUCUUUUUUCUUUUUUUUUUUGCAAUGAGAAGAAGAGCUGCUGGUUAUGCUAAUGUGCAUAAUAGAGAGCGAGCAGGUAAAGAGUACCAUCAAAUCGGUGCUUCGAUUGCUGCCAAGGAAUUGGAACAGCUUCAAAGUCAGAUGGACAUUUUCAAGACAAACCUUCAAGAAUUUGCACAGAAGCAUCGAAAAGACAUUCGCAAGGAUCCUACUUUUCGUGCCCAUUUCCAACGCAUGUGUACCAAUAUCGGCGUCGAUCCUCUUGCGUCCAACAAGGGUUUCUGGGCAGAUUUAUUAGGAGUAGGUGAUUUUUAUUAUGAACUAGGUAUCCAGAUCAUAGAAGCAUGCAUCACUAGUAGGACAAACGAUGGUGGGUUAACAGAGCUAGGCGAGAUUAUGAGAAGGGUGGAAGUGAUGCGAGGCGUUAAAAAGAAGGAUAAGCAAACACAGAUUUCGGAAGAUGAUAUCGUGAGAGCUAUAAAGACUUUGAGACCUCUGAGUGGUGGCUAUGAGGUACUGCAGAUUGGAACUCGCAAGUUGGUGAGAUCUGUCCCAAAAGAACUUGAUAAGGAUCAGUCUGCGUUACUUUUAUUAGCACAGAAAACUGGAUAUGUCAACUAUGAAAUGAUUAAAAAUGAACUGGGCUGGACCACAGAAAGAACCGACACAGCAACCCAACAUUUAUUGCAAGAUGGCAUUGCAUGGUUGGAUAAGUUUGGUGACGAAGAUUCAUUUUGGAUACCAAGUUACUUUAGUUCCGGUACUGAUUAGAUGAAUAAAUGUGAUUUGUUUACA